GGCGGGGAGCGGGGCAGAGGAGGAGCCCAGGUCUAACGCAGUCACCAGGCAGUCAUGGACUGCUUAUGCAGCCGCUGGUUCCCCACCCAGACCCUGAUGCUCCAAAUCAGCCUCGUUCUCGUCUUAGCUCUUCCUUCACCAGAUUCCCAGACAAUCAAAGACCCCAGCUCUUCCUGCACAUUGAAAAGGAUUUUGGGGGGAUCUGUCCAGCUGCGACUGAACUCCUCUUUGGGUCCUAACAUCCGAGAAAUUGAAUGGAAUUGGGAUUCUGAGGAUGAUGAGAAACCACAGCUGCUGGUGUCCUGGAAGCCUAAUACCCCUAAUCCUGAUUGGUAUGACCUUGAAGAAAAACACAAGCACAGAUUCAACGUAACAGAGACGGCUUUCCUGAGCAUCAGGAACCUCACUCUGGAAAUGAGUGGACUAUAUACAGCGAAAAUCAAAUUCCACUCAGGAAAAUCCCAGGAGGAAGUCUUUAGACUCUGUUUAUAUGAGCCCAUCCCCCACCCCCAGAUCCAGAUUUAUUCAUCAUCUAACACAUCAGGCUGGUGCAAUGUCAGUCUAGAGUGUGGGACACCAGGAAACACAGGGAACCUGACAGUGACCUGGCUGAGCCAGGGCCUCCCCAGGGAGCUGGAGCAGAGAGGGACGCUGGGGCCAGCCCGCAGCUCCCGGAACCUGAGCCUGAGCCUGCCCCUCAGCCACUUCAACAGCCGCCUCACCUGUGUGGUCAGCAACCCCGCGGAUGAGAAGAACGCAACCUUACACCUGGAGGACAUCUGUCCACAGAGGGGUUCUCUUCAGAGCAAAUGGCUUUGGAGAGGCAUCCUUCUUGUGGUUCUGACGGUGAGCCUAGUGGCUGGAGUGUGGAUCUGGAUGAGAAAGAAGAUGCAGACUGGGAGAGGUGGGUCCACUCUCCUGCCAGUGGUGCCAGGCUCAGCAGCUACUCCCCAGGUCCUUCUCACAGUGGAAUCCGCUAACCUUCAGACUGCUGUGGCCAACAGCCAUGACCCUGCCUAUGAAGAGAUCAGCUUCCUGAGACACCCUAAGAAAGACAGGGAGAAGGGCAGCUGCCCUUCACAUAACCCGGAGUGUACUUUGGCCAUCCACACUGUCUACGAGAAGAUCCGGACAAGUACAGAGCCCCAGGGGGACGCCUAGACCACGAUGACACUGGAGCAUGGGGGGACCUUGGCAAGAUCUGCCCCACCCCACCCUUUUCCCCUGGGUCCCCACAGAUCCCUCAUUAAGGUGAAGCUGGGGCUAAAGCCUAGGUCUUCCUGACCAAUUUUCAGCACGAGCUGCUCCCCUGGGUUCUCCAUCAAAAUUUUCUCACAUCACAGAUGGUGGGUGGUGACUCUGCUACUCAAAUAACCAAAUAUGAGAAGCAAACCCUUCAGCCUUUGGCCACACUUCUGACCUGUGAGCCACUUGACCCCAUCAGGGAACACUCAUGGUCAGGCAGGGCCUGCACAGGGGUGGUUGGGGGAGAGAGAUGAUUCCUUGGAACAGGGUGCAUCCUGGGGGCCCUGAGAAGGAUGGGCCUUGGGUGGAGGACCUUCAGGAUUUCACAGCCCGGCUCGCUACACGUGAAUAGAGAGAAGGAUGGCCCUUGACUGUGGAAAAAAGAGACCUGCAGAUACAAGAUUCAGGGCCAGCUGUAUUGUAGAGGAGAAGGGUGGAAAGGGAAGGAAACAAUUUUUUGAGCUCUGUCACCUACUAGGCUUAAUUCUAAGCACAGGAAAUGUACUAUCUAGGUUCUCAAAAUUCAGUUAAUUCACAGGCUUUUUUAUUUUUAUUCAAUAAUACAUGCCUGCAGUACAAAAGUCAAAAGGCAUGUCCUGUUGAAAUGAUAAUGCUUCAUAAUUUUGCUGCUAUUAAAAUAGGAUCUUGUUCCCAGUGAGUAUUCUAACUCAUUGAUUAAAAUAAUACAUGCAAAAUGUAUAUUAAGCCGUGUUACUAAAUUUCUCUACUGUUUGUAACAGUUUUUCAUUUGAUCCCUUUGAAUUUGGGGGUAAAUAAAAAUAUUAACAAGUGAUUAUAAUUUUUGCUUCCUUCUUUCCAGUUUUUAUGCUUUAUUCCUGUCUCUUAUCCAAUUGAAUGGGCUAAUACUUCCAAAACCAUGUUAAAUAAUGAUGAUGAAGAAUAUCCUUGUAUUGUUCCUAACUUUAAUGUAAAUGCUCCCAGUGUUUCUCCAUUAAGCAUGAUGUUCUUUUUUUGGUUAAGGCAUAUUGUUGUAUCAUGUUAAGAAAGUAUGUAUUUAUUCCUAUUUUAUCAAGAGUUUUACCAAGAGUAAAAUGGUCAAUUUUAUUGUUUCCUUUUUAACAUCUGUGAACGUAGCAUAUGGUUUUCUUUUUUAUCUACUAAUAAUACAUUAAUAGAUGUCUUAAUAUGGAACUAUCCUUCCAUUAUUAGAAUAAAUCUCAGUUGGUGAGUUUGG